AUGAAGAGAGUCUACUCGGACCGCGCGCCCCGUACCAACGGCCCUUUCAUCCACGCCGUGGUGCACGACAACCUUGUCUUCACCACAGCGUGCAUCCCCCUCGACCCUGCCACCAUGACAAUCGUUGGAGGCGGGCCUGAGAACCAGCUGCGACGCAUCUUCGAUAAUAUCAAGAUCAUCCUCGAGGAAUCCGGGACGACUUUAGACCGCAUCAUCAAGCAAAACGUCUACCUGACCGACUUUGAGCAAGUCGAGGCUUUCAACAAAGUGUCUGCGGAAUAUCUGGGUGACCAUAUGCCAGCGAGAGCUACAUUGAAGGUGUGGGAACUCCCGAAGAAUGCACCCAUGGGGUUGGAUGUCGUGGCUGCAUUGCCGGAGGAAGAAUAA